GUGGAUUUGGCAGACAAGGGAGUGCAGAUAUCCAGAAGUGGUUUACAAGACCGACUUUAUCUCUGCGGGUUAGACUGGCAUCGGCAUGGCGUUAUUCGAUUACUGGCUUUGCCGUCCUUUCUAAGUCGCUGUAAUAUACAUCUACGCAAUUUUCCCUUGCUAUAAUCUGUCUUGCUCGUCUGUAUACUAUCAUUGUGAUGCUCAUUCUCGCGGACAACGGUCCUCUCUGCAUCACGUGACUAUUGAAGUUUCCUUGGUGAGCCCGUAUCACUGCACCUCGCACUCGUUCGCAACGUGUUUACGCCCGAGACCCUUCAUUCAAGAGAGGAGUCCUCACAAUGCCUCCGCAAAACAACAAAGCGAAGGCCACGCGUGGUCGGCCCCCGGGAGCCAAGGCUCCAUCAAAGCCAGUUGAAGAUGACUCUGCCAGCGACCCUUUCGCGUCAGAGGUUGAGGAAGACGUCGCCACAGCGCGUCCAUCGCCUCCCAGGGCACAGCCAGACGAGGCAGAGAGCUCUGAUGACAAGACCAUACCCCGUGACUUACUCACUCGUCUCCUUCACGAGUUCUUCGCCAAAGACACAACCCGCAUCUCGAAAGACGCGAAUGCAUCGGUCGGCAAGUACGUCGAUGUUUUCGUGCGGGAAGCAUUGGCUCGAACGGCUGUUGAGAAGCGGUCCGGGUUCUUGGAGGUCGAAGAUUUGGAGAAAGUGACGCCUCAGCUUAUGCUUGAUCUUUGAGCGGCUUGAAGAGCAAGUCCUGGUCAAUGUGAUCAUGGUGAUCUUCAAUGGCCAACGAAUGCCCUGCAUCCCAUCACCUUUUGAUAUCUCGCCAUCUGCUGGUCAUUAUUCAACAAGUGCGAACGAAUAUCUGUGGCUACGGGGCGCUUGGCACCUCAUAACUGUCUG